ACUUACAUAUUUUCUCAAGAGAAACUACAUAUCAGUAUAUUUAUAAAAAACCAUAUUUAUAAAAUAACUUCUUAUCUUUUACAGGUGGAAUCUGUUCAGUGGACUUUUGAUAAGCAAUCACCUGAAGAUCCCAACGGUGAGCUUCGGCACUUGGCUGAGUUCUUGGCGAAUAAACAAUUCGAUAUGGUUAUUAAUCUGCCAAUGCGUGGCGGAGGCGCAAGAAGAGUAUCUUCUUUCAUGACCCAUGGCUAUCGUACACGUCGCCUCGCUGUCGACUACUCCAUACCAUUGGUGACCGAUGUCAAGUGCAUCAAACUUUUAGUUGAAUCGAUGCGCAUCACUGGUCGUCGUCCAGCCAUGAAAACCCACACCGAUUGUAUGACCUCGCGUCGUAUCAUCAAACUGCCCGGCUUCAUUGACGUCCACGUCCAUCUACGUGAGCCGGGUGCUACGCACAAGGAAGACUUUGCCACCGGCACCGCUGCCGCAUUGGCCGGUGGUGUUACCCUUAUUUGUGCUAUGCCUAAUACCAAUCCUUCGAUCGUCGAUCGUAAUAGCUUCCAGAUGUUCCAAGAUUUGGCUAAAGCUGGCGCACGUUGCGACUACGCGCUCUAUGUUGGCGCUUCUGACACCAACUGGCUACACAUUGGUGAGUUGGCUUCACAAGCGUGUGGCUUGAAAAUGUACCUCAACGACACAUUCAGCACGUUGAAAAUGACCGAUAUGACUGUGUGGGAGAAACACAUGCAAAAUUGGCCAAAGCGCGCGCCAAUCGUGUGUCAUGCGGAACGACAAACAAUGGGUUCCGUUAUACUCAUGGCUCAUCUGCUCGAUCGCCCUGUGCAUAUUUGCCACAUUGCACGCAAGGAAGAGAUUAUGUUGAUACGUGCUGCAAAAGAAAAGGGCAUACGCGUCACCUGUGAAGUUUGUCCGCACCAUUUAUUUCUCUCCACUGACGACAUACCGGCCAUAGGUGAAGGACGUGCAGAAGUACGACCGGUAUUGUGCUCACCCGACGAUCAGCAGGCCCUGUGGGACAAUAUGAAUUACAUCGAUGUAUUUGCCACUGACCAUGCACCGCAUACGUGGGAGGAAAAGAACUCUGAGAAGCCACCGCCAGGAUUUCCCGGCUUGGAAACCAUACUUCCAUUGUUACUUAAGGCUGUAGACGAUGGACGUUUGACGCUCGAAGACAUACAAAAUAAAUUUUACCGCAAUCCAAAACGCAUCUUCAGUCUACCCGAACAGCCCAACACCUACAUUGAAGUGGAUUUGGAUGAGGAAUGGACUAUAAACAGGGAAGAAAUGCAUUCCAAGGCGAAAUGGACGCCCUUUGAGGGCACCAAGGUGAAGGGCAAAGUGCACCGCGUUGUGUUGCGUGGCGAAGUCGCUUUCGUAGACGGUGAGGUACUGGUGCAACCUGGUUUUGGACAAAAUGUCCGUGGCCAAUAUGCGCGUAGAUCGCUGCUGCAACAAUCGUUGGAAUCACUUGAAAUCGGCGCAUCCAUC